CGCGCCCACUCCCGCCCGACCCACCCGUCCCGCGGGGCGAUAACCCUGAAGGCGACAGCCCAGUCGGAGCUGCUGAGCGCGAUGGCGGUGCCCGGUGCACGAGCCCCGGCCCCAGCGGAGGCACCGCCGCCCCAGCCAGAAGCUCACACCUUGGAGCCGGGUUCGGACAGCAGAGCUGGACGUGUCUCGUUCUGUACGAAGGUGUGCUAUGGCAUUGGUGGGGUCCCCAACCAGGUGGCUUCCAGUGCCACAGCCUUUUACCUGCAGCUCUUCCUGCUUGAUGUGGCACAGAUCCCUGCUGCCCAGGUGUCACUUGUCCUGUUUGGAGGGAAAGUGUCUGGGGCGGCUGCUGACCCUGUGGCUGGGUUCUUCAUUAACAGAAGCAGAAGGACAGGUUCUGGACGACUCAUGCCCUGGGUGCUGGGCUGCAUGCCCUUCAUCACCGUGGCCUACUUCUUCCUGUGGUUCCUGCCACCCUUCACCAGCCUGCGUGGCCUCUGGUACACCACCUUCUACUGCCUGUUCCAGGCUCUGGCCACGUUCUUCCAGGUGCCCUACACUGCCCUCACCAUGCUCCUGACCCCAAGCUCCAGGGAGAGGGACUCUGUCACUGCCUACCGGAUGACCAUGGAGAUGGCAGGGACGCUGAUGGGGGCCACAGUCCAUGGGCUCAUCGUGUCUGGUGCCCAUCGGCCACACAGGUGCGAGGACACUGCAACUCCGGGGCCAGUCUCCAUCUCACCGGACGCGACUCGCCUCUACUCGAUUGCAGCCGCCGUGGUUGCGGUGACUUACCCUGUGUGCAGCAGUCUGCUCUGCCUAGGAGUGAAGGAGCAGCCAGACCCCUCUGCCCCAUCAUCAGGCCAAGGCCUGAGCUUCUUGGCUGGACUGAUCCUCACUGCCCGGCACCCGCCCUACCUGAAGCUGGUGGUCUCCUUCCUGUUCAUCUCAGCUGCUGUCCAGGUGGAGCAGAGCUACCUGGUGCUGUUCUGUACACACGCCUCCCGGCUACACGACCAUGUUCAGAGCCUGGUGCUGACCAUCCUGGUCUCGGCUGUGCUGAGCACCCCACUAUGGGAGUGGGUUCUCCAGCGAUUUGGGAAGAGGACCUCAGCCUUCGGGAUCUGUCUGAUGGUGCCCUUUGCAAUCUUGCUGGCUGCUGUGCCCACAGCCCCCGUGGCCUACGUUGUGGCCUUUGUAUCCGGCAUGAGCAUUGCAGUGUCCCUGCUGCUACCCUGGUCCAUGCUGCCAGACGUGGUAGAUGACUUCCAGCUACAACAUCAGCAGCACGGCCCAGGCCUGGAGACCAUCUUCUAUUCAUCCUACGUCUUCUUCACCAAGCUUUCAGGCGCAGGCGCCCUGGGCAUCUCCACCCUCAGUCUGGAGUUUGCAGGUUAUAAGGCAGGAGCCUGCCAGCAGGCCGAGGAAGUGGUGGUGACCCUCAAGGUCCUCAUUGGUGCCGUGCCCACCUGCAUGAUCCUCACUGGGCUGUGCAUCCUCAUGGUCGGGGUCGGCCCUGUGCCAAAGGUGCCACACCAGGACGCCUCCCGUCAGCUGAGCCUUCGGAGGAGGACCAGCUACAGCCUCGCUUAAGUUCAAGACAACUGCUGUGAACUGGAGCAGGAGCCAGUGUCUUCUGGGCCCGAAGUCCCUCUCCUCAGCCCUUCAGCACUCCUACCCAGCAGUUUAGCACAUGGCCUUUUUCUCUGGGAUGUGGAGCCUUUCGUAAUGUCUCCUGAAAGGACUGACUUGGGCUCCAGGACCCUUCUUUGCACUUCUUGCCUACUGACCAUAGACCAUCUUGGAUAGGCCUGUGCCAACUAUGCCAGCAACAGGCAACUUCUGACCCUGAGAGCAUGCCAAUGACAGCUAUUUCUGGUAAAAGGAAGCCCCUACUCAGCCUGGCCCAUAGACUCCCUAGAGGAACACCAACUGCUCAGAUUGCAAAGCCUUCUUGAUGGGACAAACGCCCAAGCCUCCUGUUUGUCCCGAGGCUCCCAUGGCCACCUGCUGAAGACACAAAGAAGCUGGGAACCACCACAAGAAUGGCAGAGUGGGUCAGGUGGGCAUGCCUUGGAUGUACAAUAAGAGCCACACAGAUCCAGGGAGACCAGCAGGCCCCAGAGAAAGCGGACAGUGGUGGGGAUGCGGAGAAGACGGAACAGGGGCAAGGCUCUAGAGGCAGCUCAGGCCUCCCCUCUGGUCACAGAGGUCAAGGACACUCUGCUUUUGGCUGAGACUGAUAUUGAGUCACCACCGAAAACAAAAGUGGUUUAUGUGGAAAUAUUUUCCUAAGAUGUUGUCUUAUAAAAGCAUGGGAACUAUAGUUUCCUAGAGGCCAUGUGUAGGAUGGAAAGAUUCACUGAGGCUUAUUUUCUCAAAACAAAGUAAAGGGUUUACUUGUCAAAUCUAUAGAAAGACUGUGAACAGCCCUUCUGUCCACCUCCCAGAAUCUCUUGAGGUGGGGGGAGAUGCUUGACAUCACUGAACCUGGCUGGCUAUGUUGCCCCAUCUGUAUGUCCCAGCCUUGCAUCUCCUUAGAUUGGGAACACCAUGUGAAAGGCAUGGAAGACACCAUGUCUUCCUUUAGAAGAUACCCAGCAGAGACUCCAGAACAGCCCAGGGUAGUAGGCCACAGUGGCUCAUGCAGGUUGGGGUCUGGAGAGGGGUAGGGAAAUCCACGGGGACCUGAUGUCCCAGCAACUUCUACCAAAAGAAGGCUGGGCACAUAAAUAGGGGACUUAGAUGUACAAACUCAGCCCCACAUUUACCCCAGCCCUUCCCUAACUCUGUUCCCCCGUCAAUAGGGUCAGCUCUCUUGAGCCCAGGGCCUAGGGCUAGGCCCUCUUCCACCUUUUUUUAAUAGAAAUUAUUUAAUUUUAUUUAUUCAUUCAUUCAUUUAUUUUAAUUUGACCAGAAAGAGACACAUAGAAAGAAAAGGGUAAAGUGAGAAAGCAAGCCACCAGAUCCAGGACUUGAACUGUGAUCAGCCAUGUGGGGUAUCCAGCGCCUUAACCACCACAUCACCUGCUGGCCCCUUCCACCUCCUUUUUAGACCUUCAGCUACCUGUUAGGUGUGAGACCCGAGGCUCACAGCUCAGACUCACACUCCAAUAUGAAGUGUUCCUCAAAGCUCUAAUCAUCUCCCUUCCUCCAUAGACUGUAGGAUAAGAAUGAACUGACCUCACCUCCCAGUUUCAGUGAGAGCACAGGGUCUGACCUGGUCUGGCUAAUGCCUCAUCUCUGGCCCUUGUGGCACUGACAGGAGCACCUGAUCCUCAAGAUCACAGGGCACAGAGAAAGAACUGGGCUCAUCUUCUCUGCAUUUCUUUAUUCCGGAAGUUAUUAAAAGAAAGCCCUGGGACCAGCAGUUAGCGUAAUGGCUAUCUCCCUGGACUCCCAUGUAGUUGACCGCAGUUUGAGUCCUGGACCCGGUGGCUUAAACUCA